AUGGUUUUGAAUUUUUUCUUGUUCAUUAGUUUGCUCUCAGUGGCCUGUAGUGGAUUAACUUGGGAUGAUAAACACUGGUUAAGUGAGAGGGAGACAAUGACGGACCUGGCAGAAAAAGCCAUUCGUGAUUUGAAAGAAAAAUCGGAAAUUCACCUCUAUGACGAUAUCGAGCUUAUUAAUGUAUUGACGCAGCGAAAAUCUAUCUCAGGUGACAAGCGUUCGAUCUACAUGAAAAUCCUUCUGAAAAGCCACUACUUUGCUGACUAUGAGGCUGAAAAGGCUGUCGAUGUAUUGAUUCUGCAGUCAAGAUCUGAUUAUUCUCUCUCUUUUUAUUUCGACGAGCUCCCUGCAAUGAAUCCCAGUUUCGUACGGAAGAUGACUGAGAAGUGGGGCGCAAAGGAAGAAACAGAGCUGUGA